UUCUGCAUUGAAAGACCCGCGAAUCGAAAUGGUUAUAUAUGUACAAUUUUGCGUGUUAGAUCGCGGUAUAAAAUUACAGGUCAAAUUGUAAUUCGUCCAGACAAGCGUAAUCGAGAUUUUAGAAAACGUUAUACAGUCUACAAUUGUAUAUACAACAAAGAAAAUUAUAUUAUUGACACGAAACAAUGACGACACCGUACCGAAUGUGGGGCUCCUCGGAAGACAAGACCGUUGAAUUCGAAUCCCUGACGAAAAACACUUUCGAAGGAGCGCUCGAGGUCAUUAGGAAGAGUUUUUUCGUCUACGAGAAUGUAUGCAGGGGAGUAAAUCUGCUCUCAGAACCAGGUGCAUCAGAAGAACUGGAGGAACUUUGUUUGGAGACAGCCAAGGAUGGAGUUAGUAUAGUGGCCUUGAAUGUGAGCAAUGGAGAAGUUAUUGGAGUGGCCUUUAACAAGAUACAGGUUCUUACCCGUCCAUCAGAAAAGAGCGCUUUCGAAAUAUUCAGUGAAAACUGCAAGUAUAAAUCAUCAAAAGCUCUCGUGAAUUUCAUCAUCAAUAUGGAUGCCAGAGUAAAUUUAUUCAAGCAUUACAACACUGACUGUAUCUUCGAAAUAAUGUUUCUGGCUACGUUGCCUAAGUAUCAGAAACGCAGAAUAGGUGAACUAUUGGUAUCUACGUCCAUAAAAAUAGCAAACGAGUUGAAAGACGGGAACAAUGUAAAAAUACCAAUCACAAUAAACGAUAACAGUUUGAUACGUAAUCUGAGGGCACUACCUAAUUUAGUGACUGCGCUGAUGACAUCAAACUAUUCACAGAAAAUUGCAGCGAAGUGUGGAUUCGAAAACCUGGUGACAGUUAGCUUCGAAGAGUUCGAGUUCAACGGGAAGACUUUCAGUGAAAGGAUAGGGGAUGAACACGAACACUGUGUCUUAGUAGCUAAAAAACUGUUAGACUGAAUCUAAUUAUUUAAGAUACUAAUUUAUUAUUGGAUUGCGAAUUUUUAUGCGUUUUCAUUAUAGAUUGUAAUAAUUGAUGCCGAUUAAUUUUAGUUUUAAUGAUGCAAAAGAAUAUAUAUAUUUUCAUAUAAAAUUGUACCCAGUAUAAAGAUAAUUGGAUUAUCGUAGUGUCAUGACUGUACUCUCAGGUUAUCAGGCACUGUGUUCAAAAAUAAUUUGCUUAUCAGUGAAGACUGCCAUUUAGAUACAUUCUGUCAGCAUACGGGGCUGACAAAUAUUAUUCAAAGUAUUAUCAUAUCUUUCUUUUUUCUGGAAUAAACAAUUUGUUCAAUUCA